AUGUCCGCACACGGGCCUUGGGGCCCACUCCCGCUCCCCGCCUUCCUCCAGCGACGAGCCUUCUCCAAAACCCGCACCAAGGGCCUGCAACUCGACGAUGUCAACCCACAUGUCCGCAAUGCGCAGUAUGCCGUGCGCGGCGAAUUGGCAAUCAAGAGCGAGCAGUACCGUGCCCAGCUGCACCGAGGCGAGGGCAAGCAGCUCCCCUUCGACUCCGUCAUUAGCGCCAACAUUGGCAAUCCGCAGCAGCUCGAUCAGCAACCCAUCACCUUCUUUCGCCAGGUCGCGAGCUUGUUGGAGAAUCCGCUGCUGCUGGAGAAGGAGGACGUGCUGAAGAACAGCCUGGGCUACAAACCGGAUGUCAUCCAACGCGCCCGAAAACUCCUCGACGAUGUCAAGAGUGUGGGUGCCUAUUCCCAAUCACAGGGCGCCCCGGGCAUUCGGCAGAGCGUCGCAGAAUUCAUUGAGCGUCGCGAUGGCUACACCGCCGAUCCCGCCAACAUCUACCUAUGUGCGGGAGCGAGUUCGGGUGUCAAUGCAUUGAUGACGGUCAUCUGCGCCACACCGCAGACUGGAAUCCUCGUCCCAAUCCCGCAAUACCCCCUGUAUACGGCCACGCUGAGCCUGCUGAACGCCCAGCUCGUGCCGUACUACCUCGACGAAAGCAGGAACUGGGGCACAAGCGUGGAGAGCAUCAAGACCGCAUUGCAAGAAGCGAAAGGCCGGGGCGUGGAUGUGCGUGCUGUCGUCGUCAUUAACCCAGGCAAUCCCACUGGCGGCUCGUUGAUUGCCGAAGACAUCACCGCGGUGCUGGAGAUGGCGGCGCAGGAGAAGUUGGUCGUGCUGGCCGACGAGGUCUACCAAACGAACGUCUUUGAGGGCAAAUUUCUGAGCUUCAAAAAGUGCCUGCGCGACCUGCAGAAGAGCAAGAAAAACUCCGACGGCCGCUUUGACAAUGUCGAGCUGGCCAGUCUACACAGCAUCAGCAAGGGCAUGAUUGGUGAAUGCGGUCAUCGGGGCGGAUACUACGAAAUGGUCGGCUUUGAUCCGGAGGUGGUCGCACAAAUCUACAAGUUCGUCUCUAUCAUGCUCUGCGCUCCCGUCAUCGGGCAAUGCUUCGUGGAAAUGAUGGUGAACCCACCUCGCGAAGGCGAGCCCUCCUACCAGCUCUACAAGAAGGAAUACGAUACCAUCUACCAGAACCUCCACGACCGCGCUCGAGCAUUGUACGCUGCCUUCCGCGACAUGGAAGGCGUGGAGUGCCAGAAUCCUCAGGGCGCCAUGUAUCUCUUUCCCAAGGUCCGCUUGCCACGGAAAGCGAUCGAUGCAGCCAAGAAGGCGGGCAAGAGCCCCGACGACUUUUACUGUCUCGAGAUGCUCGACGCCACUGGCAUCUGCACCGUUCCCGGCUCCGGCUUCGGACAGGAGGAGGGCACGUUCCAUUUCCGCACGACUUUCCUCGCCCCGGGCGUGGACUGGGUGGAUCGCAUUGCCGAGUUUCAUAAAAAGUUCAUGGACCAGCAUCGAUGA